AUGGCCUCGGGAGACGUCGAUCCCAGGCUCAGUUCUCAACCCGGACAGGUCCGGUUCUCGUCGGUAACGGAGGAAAUUGAGCCUACCGAUCCGGCCUCUUCCGUCAAGGCUCCUGUAGCGGACUCAGUUCAAGACGCGCAGCAUGAGGAUGAACUGCGGUCGCUGGCUGCGAGCUUGCAGCGGUCGCAAUUGCAGGAGAACCGGUUACGCCAGUUUUCAUACGAUCCCAUUUCGUUGCCAUCUUCCAGAGUUGCCUCCCGGGAAUCGAGCGACCGCAGUGGACGCGAAGCAAAUGGAUCGGGCUUCCCCUCGCCUCGAGGUUCCCCACCAGUGUCCGCCAUGCAGUCACCCCCGCUGACGCCCGCAGCCACACAUUCACGUGAAUCCAAAUCCAUUGAUACUUCAUCAACAUCUAAUGCCACCGAUCGAGCUGGCCAUGCCCCUCAGUCCACCACUAUGACACCCACAACGUCCCCGCCCGUCAGUGCUACCGCCCAAAAGAAGGCUCCCCAAAGCGCUCCCUCCUCGCGGCCGUCCUCGACCGAUCAACUGUCGAAACAGAACCAAGUGGCACAGACAUCCUCGCACCCACACAACGGCGCGCGGCAUCGGGCGCAGUUCUUCAUCGGCCCCGGCGAGGGGUCCCAGGAAGAAAGUCCCCCCGCUACCCCUCGCGGCGAUCCCGAAAGCUACACCCCUCCGGGUGCCAUCACGCCGGUGGGGGAGCCGAAUGACCCCUAUGCUCGCAGCAAGCGUCCCCCGCAGCCGAAGAACCUUGCCCAACUCGACCCACGCUUCAUCUUCGGCGGUCGAGACUCUAAACGCCGUACCACUACAUCGGCCUUCUCGCGUCCAUUGAGCCCCCGUUCCUCCAGUGCCACAGACUUGCGGUCCAGUGAGAAGCGCAGCGGCUUCUUCAAUACGAAACGUGAACCACGACAGCAGGAACCGGAGGGAAAGAUUCAUGGCCACAUGUCGGAGCUGAAACGCUUCUUCAAACGGAACCACCACAAACACAAACGAGGUGACUCACCGUCUUCGAUUCCCUUCAAGAAACCGAGCCGGUCUUCGGCGAAGGGACCGUUCCACGCGGCAACCGACAGUGUCCCGUUCGCCGAUGAUCACGGUCUCAAUUCCAAGUAUGGAAAGCUAGGCAAGGUCCUGGGUUCGGGAGCCGGAGGUUCGGUUCGGUUGCUCAAGCGGAACAGUGACGGCGUGACGUUUGCGGUCAAACAAUUCAGAGACCGUCAUUCAUGGGAGACCACGAAAGAGUACUCCAAGAAGGUGACUGCGGAGUUCUGCAUCGGGUCCACCCUCCAUCAUGGUAACAUCAUCGAGACCCUGGAUAUCAUUCAGGAAGGAAGCCAUUGGUAUGAAGUCAUGGAGUAUGCGCCGUUUGAUUUGUUUGCCAUUGUCAUGACGGGUAAGAUGGUCAAGGAGGAGGUUGCGUGUGCUUUCAAGCAGAUCCUCAGUGGAGUCGCCUACUUGCACGGCAUGGGUCUGGCCCACCGUGACUUGAAACUGGACAAUGUGGUCGUGAACGAGCAUGGUAUCAUGAAACUGAUUGAUUUCGGAAGUGCUGUGGUUUUCCGAUACCCCUUCGAAAACGAUAUCGUCCUCGCUUCUGGAAUUGUUGGUUCCGAUCCGUAUCUUGCCCCGGAAGUCUACGACGAGAAGAAAUACGACCCCCGCCCGACAGAUGUCUGGUCCCUGGCCAUUAUCUUCUGUUGCAUGACUUUGCGCCGGUUCCCGUGGAAACAGCCCCGUGUCAGUGACAAUUCCUACCGACUGUUUGUCUCCACGCCCACUCCUGGAACGCCGGUGCCGGAGGUGGACCCGAAACGCCACCGCGCCGUCAAAUCGUCGCCUGAUCUCAUCACUGCUGCCCACGAAGGCAAGUCUCAGCCCAGUAUCAACACCGACGUUUCUGGGCCAUCAGCUCAAGCCCAACAGCCUGCUGCUGGCGAGGAAAAUCAGCCUCCUAAGAGCCCUCAGGACAAGCCGUUGGUGACCAAAGCCCCGACGGAUAGCAAGAAUGCGAAUGCCACUACCCACAAGCCUUCCCGUACCACGAGCAAGGAGGCCCCUCCACUUCCGGCGAACGCCCAGGCGGCGGCCCAGCGCCAGGAGGUCAUCAAGGGGCCCUGGCGUCUUCUCCGGCUUCUGCCCCGCGAGAGCAGGUAUAUUAUUGGCCGUAUGCUCAAGGUGGCGGUGAAGGAGCGCGCCACGCUGGAUGAUGUUUUGACCGAUGAGUGGGUGCGCAACAUCAAAGCGUGUCGGCAGGAGUUGACCGGCGAGGUCAUUCAUGCUCCCGGCCACACGCACGUCCUGGAACCCCCUUCGGCCAGCGUGCCCUCCGGAGCUGUUGCAGGGCUGACGGUGGAUUGCUCGCUGUAUCCCCUCGACACGAUCAAAACCCGCCUCCAGAAAGCGCGCACGGCGACCCCUGCCCGCGCCGCUGCCCCCUCGGUCCCGCCGGCCGUCUCCCUCCGUCACACGAUCCGCGGCAUCUACGCCGGACUCCCCUCGGUGCUGUUUGGAUCCGCGCCCUCGGCCGCUUCGUUCUUCAUCGUCUACGACGGAGUGAAACGCCAGCUCCUGGAGCAGCCCUCGAACAUGAGCGCCUCCCCCUCCGCCCCCACCCCUUCCCGCACCCAGAUCCUCUUCACGCACUCCCUCGCCUCCUCGAUGGGCGAGAUCGCCGCGUGCGCGGUCCGCGUCCCCACCGAGGUCAUCAAACAGCGCGCCCAAGCGGGCCUCUUCGGCGGCUCCAGCGCGGCCGCCCUGCAGGACAUCCUGGCGCUGCGGCACACGCCCGGCGGCGGGUACGGCCAGGUCCUGCGCGAGCUUUACCGCGGGGCGGGCAUCACGAUCGCGCGCGAGAUCCCGUUCACCGUGCUGCAGUUCACCAUGUGGGAGAGCAUGAAGGAGCAAUACGCGGCGCGGCGGCCGGGGGAGCUGGUGCCGGCGAGCACGAGCGCGAUGUUCGGGAGUGUGGCGGGCGCGAUCGCGGCGGGGUUGACGACCCCCCUGGAUGUGGUCAAGACGAGAGUGAUGUUGGCGCGGCGGUCGACGGGGGAGCAGAAGGUGAGGGUACGCGAGGUGGUGCGCGAGGUGGCGGAGGAAGGCUGGGGGGCGUUUUGGAGGGGGAUUGGACCCCGUGUCGCCUGGAUUGGGAUCGGGGGGGCGGUGUUUUUGGGGAGUUAUCAGUGGGCUUGGAAUGGACUUGCGGGGGGGAGAAGGAGGGUGAGAGAGGGGGAUAAUACCACCAGAUUGGGGACUGGGGGGGCUCUUAAUUGUCUCCGCACCUCCGUCGACCUCCGCAUUGCCUCUGCUCGCUUCUCCGCCUUCACCUGCAUGGCGAGGAAACUCAGCCACCAGAGGGUCACCUAUGUGCUCCCUCUGCCCGAUGCCCCCGGGGGCCAUCGGUUAGGCGUCAAUGGCCUGGCGGUCGACACCGACGAGUCCAUCCUAUACUCCGCAGGGCGCGAUGGGGUCGUCUGCUCGUGGGAUCUCAAUUUCUCUCUCACCGGUUCCGCCCAGCCCGGCAAAACCACCUUUCGCAACCAGGUCCAGGCGCACAGCCACUGGAUCAACGACAUCGUGCUCACCAAGAACAACUCCGCGCUGGUCUCUGCCUCGUCGGACACCACCGUCCGAUUAUGGCGUCCUCACUCUGACGCCACCGAGGUGCCGGCGCCCAUCGGCAAACAUGCGGACUACGUCAAGGCCUUGGCCACCCCCGGAAACCAUUCCUCCUGGGUCGCCUCGGGCGGCCUGGAUCACAAGCUCUACCUGUGGGAUCUAAACGGUGGGGGUGAGGUUCUGGGGAUUGAUGCCUCUGGGGAUGAUCGCACGGCCAAGGGGUCGGUCUACGCCUUGGGCGCCGUUUCCUCCGUACUGGCGAGCGGGGGCCCGGAGAACGUGGUUCGGGUCUGGGAUCCCAAGUCUGGCAAGCUCAUCACGAAAUUCGUCGGUCAUACAGAUAAUAUCCGCGACAUCUUGAUCAAUCGCGAUGGUGACACGAUCAUGACGGCCUCGUCCGACCAGACCAUCAAAAUCUGGUCCCUGACCGCGGGAAGGUGCAUGCACACCUUAACCAUGCAUAACGACAGCGUCUGGUCGCUGUACUCCAACCACCCGCAACUUUCCGUCUUCUACUCGAGUGACCGGUCGGGUCUGGUCGCUAAGACAGACACCCGAAACUCCCCGGACAUCGAGCAGGGCACCUGCGUGGCGGCCCUGCAAGAGCACGACGGGGUCAUCAAUGUUGUGGCUGCGGGGGAUUACAUCUGGACCGCAACCCCCAAGUCGAGCAUCCAUCGCUGGCACGAUGUGGAUACCACCGCUGAGAUCGAGCCUCCCGCGAGAGAACGGAAUGAGCAGAGUCAGGCGCCGACGUCAGCGCCAACGACCACCAACGGAUCGCCCAAGAACAUCCCAUACGAAUCCGUCCUCUUGUUGUCGCCCACCUCCACCUUCCCUAAUGCACGCACCUUAGACGAUGAGACUCCGCGCUCGGGACCAACAUCCCCCGGGUUAUUAGCAGGAUCCGACCUGGAGGAUGAGCUGGGUCUGACACUGCCGAUGCAGGUGUUGCCCGAGGAGACCAUUGAAGGCCAACAUGGACUGAUCAAAUACUUCAUGUUGAACGACCGGAAACGGACGUUGACUCAAGACUCGGCCGGCGAAGUUGUUUUGUGGGACUUGCUCAAGUGCAAACCAAUUCAAUCCUUCGGCAAACGACACAUGGACGAUGUCGCAUCCGAGAUCAACACCACUGAGAGCAUCGCGCACUGGUGCACCAUUGACAUUCGCACCGGCCGCCUGUCGGUGAUUCUCGAGCCUGGCCGGUGUUUCGAUGCCGAGGUGUAUGCCGACGAGUCCGAUCUGGCAGACUAUUCCCAGAUUCGGGAGGACCAACGAAUCAAUCUCGGCAAGUGGAUCUUGCGCUGGCUGUUUGCGCCCUUGGUGCAAGAGCAUGUUCAGCGGGACGCCCAGUUUCGUGCCGCCGCGAUCGCUAAGGCCGAAGAGUUGGCUCGCCUCACCAGCUCUGGGGCGUCUGCGCCGGUUGACAUCCCUUCGGCCGAUCCCUCCAGACGGGCGCUGGGGCUGCAGUCGCCUCUCGACCCCUUCGCGGCCACCUUCCGAUCUGGGUACGAUUCGAUCGGUAGCCCGACGACCCCAGGAGGAUUCGGCAUCGGGUUCGCCGGCAGCCCGGCGACCACGGGAUCCCCCAUGUGGACGUCCAGUUACAUUAACCAUGCGAGCCAUCUCGGCACCUCGCCCGGGGAUUCGACGUCGGAGUAUCUCAUGUCGCAGUCGCAGCAAAAUCCGGACAUGACGCGAGCCUCUCUCUCGAGUCGAUCCAGUGACUACUUCUCGUCGUCACGGAACCAGGGAAUGGGCUCGCUGGACAACGACAAAGUGCCGACCACUCCAGGCGACCCGACGCCGACGGCUCUGCCGCAGUCUCCCGCCGAGCCGGAUAAGGAGGAGCGGAAGCGCGGCGCUUCUUUGUUCGGGAAGUUCCGGAUGGACUUCCCCCGGAAACUGGGACGGACCUCGUCGGAGGCCAAGCCCCAGGUUCCGGAGGAGAAGGUGGAGGAGUCGGACAAGUCGUCGAUCAAGGAAGAACGGGUCUUUGAGACCAACCUGAGUGGGUUUGUCGAGCGCACUCGGCAUGAAUACGAGGAGUUCAUGUCCGCCCACCCCGGCCGGGAGGUGACGUCGGCCUUUUCUCCGAGCCCGGACAAUGAAACUCCCGUGCUAGACAUCCCCCCUCGCACCGUGGUCUUCAUCCAGGAGGAGUCGGGCGACACAGCCGUGGCGUCUGAUCUGUAUCGCGGCACGGUUGGUCGGAUCAGCGAGGAGAUUGACAAGCUGGAGAAGUCGAUACCGUUGUGGCUCGCCGAGCUGCUGCUAAAGAAUCAAAUCCCCGUGAAAGAGCCCGUCAAGAUCGCUUUCACUCUGAAGCCGUACGACGACCUGCUGCCCCCUGUGGCCAAACCCGACAAGACUAACCCAGCCAGGCUGCCCGGAAGUCUCAAUUCCAACAACAACAACAACCGCCUCAAUGCGAACCGCAUGCUCCGGGCCAAAAAGAUCCUGGCCUACGUGGCAGAACGCAUCGAUCCCCCCAACCCCAACGAACCGGAGGAGAACCCCAUGAAGGCGGAGGAAUACCUCGAGCUGUACUGCCAGAAGAUGCCGAUCCCCCCGAACAUGACCCUCGCGACCAUCCGCGCCCACAUCUGGCGCUCCUCGGGUGAUAUGGUCCUGUACUACAAGGCCAACGGGAAGAAGGAGAUCCGCAUGCCUGCGCCGGACGGGGAGAAGGACCUCUCGGGAAGCGUGGGGGUUGGGUUGAACGGCGAGGCGGGCAGUAGUGCCCCGCCGGCCAGCAUCCGUUCGCACGCGGCGUCGGGAUCGGCCGUUUCAGUCAGCAACGCGUAG